GUUAAAUGUGUUUCAAGGAAAUUUAUUUUGUACACUUCUUUACUGUGCUUCUUGAUGCUUAUUCCGUUACGUUUGGAUGGUAUUAUUAAAGUUCAUUAUGCGCUUGUCUUUUUACCAUUAUGGAUAUGCGAAUUCAUAAUUUUUCUUGGAGCUACCAUCGCGUCAGUAUCUUACAUACUGUCGCCGCCAUUACCGACGGAGGGGUCGUUACGUUCAGACUUUUAUGGAAUGAUAAUGUGUACCGGAGAGCAUGGAUUAUUAGCAUUGUUUGAAGUUUUGUGCUGUUACAAAUUACAGUCAAAUGCAAAAGUAGAUGAGCUGCCCUGGUUGCUCAUUUUCGCCCCCAUUUUUGCAUUAAGUCUAUUGUCUGUUGUGGUUGCCGUUUGGGCGAUUAGAAACAACAAAUCGUUUGAGUUGGAACUUUUUUUUUCCAUCAAUAUUGUGCAAUUUGUUUUCGUAGCUUUCAAACUUGAUGGUAUAAUCGAUUGGCAUUGGACUAUAGUUUUCAUUCCACUAUGGGUAGUACUCUCCUUGAGUGUCGUUGGUGUACUUUAUGCAUUUGUUUUGGCUGUUCUGUUAGCGCGAUCAGUUCAUAUGUUGGCUUCUCAAAGAAGGCAUCAUCUUUACUCUGCUGUGUCUCAUACAUUAUUCGUGAUACCAGUACUCAUUUUUCUUCUUCUUCUUACUGGCAAACUGGAUGCUGUUUCAUGGUCGGACGAUGAAUCUCCUAGUCAAAUUACUUUUGUUGUUAUUUGCGCCCCACUGAACUUAGCAUUGUUUUGCUUGGUUUUAAUGUCCUUUGGAGCACGAGGUGGCAAUCCAUGGUGGUUUGCAAUGCGGGCAUCGUUUUGUACAUUUUUGCUUGAAGUGUGCCCAUGCUUGAAGCAAUAUGCAAACGUUAGUUACAAGUUUCGAGCAUCUUCGGAACGUCAAGAUACAACAGAAGAUUUUGAGAAACAAAGUUUGCAGUCCGAUCGUUCAACGAAAUUUCCGUCACGUCCUGUUGUGCCUAUUCAUUGUUCUCCGUUAGCAUCGUAUUAUGAAUUGAAACAGGCGUACUUUCGAAAAUUGCGUACGAAUCAUCCAGAUAGAGGGGGUUCUGGGUCAUCGUUGUUUCUGGUGACCAGAGCUUGGUCUACUUUAAAUGUUCAUUUUAGGGACAGUACUGCUCGGCGUGAUUACAAUAUUUGGUUAAGAGAACAGAAUUUAAGAAGAAGUAAAGGUGUUAUUGGGGAACAAGUCGUUAUUUAUAACGUUGAUCGAAUUGAGAAGUUUUGCAGGUGUUGUGGUGGCGCAUUCAUUCUCGAAAAAGCAGAUAUUGAUCAUAUUGUCGACUCUGCUUAUUUUGAGUGUCCAAACUGCUCAUUAUGUCUGGAGUUGCUUUUUGACACCAUGACAUUAUUCAUCAGCAGUGUAGCUUGUGAUCAUAUAAAGUGUCCAAAGCAUGAUACAUUACCUAGUAGCACAGUUGGUUGUGCUGUUUCCGUCGUCGCUCACCAGUAUCGAGCUGGAACCGCUGAAGAACAAACAGAACUUAUUGAGCUUUGGGAUAUUGGUGGUUCAACAGUUCAUCAAGCUGCAUCUUCGAUUUUUCUUGAGGGAGCAACAGGAGCAAUACUAGUCCAUGAUUUGAGCAACAAGAAAAGUGAACAUAACCUAUCACAAUGGCUUGCAUUGCUUCGUGGAGAAACAUCCAUUCCAUCUAUGAUUUCACCAUUUACAUUAGCGCCUGAUUCACGAUCUUUGCUAAUUGAUAUUGAAAGCACGCCGACUCCAAUAUUAGUUGUGGGAUGUAAAUCUGAUUUAGCACCGGAGCGCGCCAAACAGACAACUUACGACCAUAUUCUAAUAAACUGCAGACGCCCGAUGCUACCUGGAUCUACUAACCGAGUUAUUUUAUCAAAAUUUUUUGAUUUGGUUGUUGAGCGUAAAAAAGCAUGCGCAAUAAGGGAAAAAAGGCGCAAAGUACUCCCUCCCUUUACAUCAGGUUUCGCAAAGCAGCUGAUCAGGGAAGUGUGGCUCUUGACCGUUUCGGAAGGAUGCCGGAAGGACGAUGGCCUUUGUGUCGUUCAUUGUGUUGCAGGAAGUUUGUGUGUAUCAAGAAUUGAAGAAACAAGCGAAUGCAGAAACCGCCAGUUAUUCUUCAGCAUAUUUGGAUGUAAAGGUGGAGAAGUACCUGAUGCUGAUAAAAGAAGACCAGGGGCAUAA